GGUUUGGCCGUCAACGCAGGGAAAGCCCUCGCGUCUAUGAAAAUCAAAUCGUCAUAGUUGUUCUCUCGUUCGCUGUAAUCCUAUCUAUGGAUUUCAAGGAUUUGAGGGAAAAUCUCUUGUGAUAUUUAUUUAUUUUGCCCUCAAAAAGGUGCAAAACAUCCAAUAGUGCAAUGGAGCAGCCAAAUAUUUAUGCUUCCUCUGUUUAGCAUUCUCGGGUGUGAUUUUGGGUUUCCUAACUGCAGAUCUAGGGUUUUCCAAUCUUCUCCUUGGGGACAGUUUCUUUGGGAGUCCUGGGAGGGAGUUUGUAUUUAUAUUUAUAUUUCAACCUUUAAACUUAUCUAUAGGGAUUGAUCUAGGUAGAAAUAGAAAUGGAAAUGGAGAGCGCGAAGGGAUUGGAUAGUAGCCGUAGAGUGGUUCCUGGGAUGAAAAGAAAAGCUGUAUGUUAUGCAGCAUCUCCUUCUAGAGACACAAGCACUAUUUCACCGCGGUCGCAGCGGCCUGGGUUGAGUUUGUCAUCCCAACAUGUCGGCAAGCGAAGGAAAUUAGAGGGACACAAUGGGAGUGUUCAGCGUUGUGGUUAUCCUUCCAAAAGGUCAUUGCUGCAUUGCUAUUCGAGUUAUAAGAAAAGUGGCGUGCCACAGAGAAUAAUGUACCAUGAGAAAGGUAACUGGAUCAAUUUUCCUCAGGAUGUCAUUGCAUCGGUAAGGAAAGAUCUUGAUGCAAAGAAGCCAGCUAUUGAGUUUGAUGUUGAUGACCAACACUGUGUGCUAGAUCUCUUGCAUAUGUUUCAACUGGACUUGAAAACUGGCUUGCGAAAACCAAUUGCUUGGAUUGAUGAAGCAGACAAAUGCUUUUUUCCUGCUGUUUUCACUGAGGGAAAUAAAUCACUUCCAUGCAGCAAGCAUGAACACAGGAAAGGAAAAGAAUCCAUGCUUAGGGAGAUUUACAAUACCAAUGAGAUCAAGCUGCAGCUUGAAAUUGACAUAAACAUAGCGGAUCAAUCUAACUUGAAGGAAUGUAGUGGGGAGUCAAGUCCUAUUGCAAAACAUAUUCAAAUUGCACAGAAACCUGCCGGUAACCAAUUUGUUGUUGAGGUGGAGGAUAGUUGCAACAAAAAGGCUGUGGCAAAAGUUGAUGAAUCUGUUGAGGAAAUUCAGAAGAUAAAAACACACGUGGAUUCUGCUGAGAAGUUGGAUACUGAGGAAGUGAGAAAGAUGUUUCUCCAGGGGAUGAGUCCUUAUGUUGGACUUGAUGUUGUAGAUAUAUAUGGCUGCUCCUCUGGUCCAUCAAGGGAAGCUCAAUUGGAGCUUUUCAAGAAGCGAAUUGAAAUUACUAAGAAGUAUCGUGGAGAUGCAAAUGUCAGAUAUGCUUGGCUGGCUUCCUCUAAAGGACAACUGCCUACUAUUAUGAUGUAUGGGCUCUGUGGAGCUUCUACAAGUCCAUCAACUUAUGGCAUUGGUGUUCAUCUCACUGCAGCAAACUGUUCUAACACUAGUGCAAAUUAUUGUGAUAUUGACGAAAAUGGUGUGCGGCACAUGGUACUAUGCCGCGUAAUAAUGGGAAAUAUGGAACUUCUUCGCCCUGGAACUCAACAAUUCCAUCCCAGUAGUGAGGAUGUCGAUAGUGGAGUGGAUGAUCUUGAGAAUCCAAGGCAUUAUGUUAUUUGGAAUGUGAAUAUGAACACCCACAUUUAUCCAGAAUUUGUUGUUAGUUUCAAGCUCCCUUCUGGUGCCCGAGGUAAUAAACAUUUCCUUUAGAGUGUGCUGUUCAUUUGAUACUUGUUUUUCAUUCUUUUCUUAUCUUUAUCUAACAAAUUGGAAGCUGUAUAGUUCUACUUUGUACUGUAUGCACUGUUGGAACUUGGCGAAUAAAUUUUGAUGGUUGGAAAUCUACAAAAAGAACUCAUGGUCCAACCUCCCCUUGGUGGCAAAAGUUUAAAGUUGUUAAUUAUAAGGAUCAAGGCAUCUGCAUUAUGUCUUGAUAUCACCUCUUGGUUUUUUAAAUCCAAGAGGUCAAUCAUCACUCCAACAACUGGGUCAAUGACUUUGUUGGCUGUGUCCUCUGCAAAUGCUGUAUGGAUAUCAUAAAUUGUUUUCUUGUAUCUUUCUUAUUUCAAUUCUUAAGCCCUAUUGAUUUUUUCUUGCUUCCACAGGGCAUUUGGUUGCAAAUGAGAUUAAUGCUGUUUCAGGGGUAAUUAAGUCUUUCCAUGGGCCUCAGGCUCAUUUGAAGUUAGAGUCAUCUGCAGUUGAUUUGGUGAGUGUUCCAAAUAGAUCUGUGGUUUGUUCACUCAGUUUUGUAAGUUGUUAAAAAUGUUAAUGAAAUAAUAUUAUUUAA